CGUAUAUCUGUAUAUACGAAUAUACACAUAUAUAUUUCUUUUUUUUUUCUUCUUCUUCUUUCUUUUGUUUAUUUUAGCAUAUGCAGUAAGAAUAUUAAAUUAACUUUUAUUACCGGGAUGCAUCAAUCUGAAAUUCUUAUUCCAUCAACAACAACGCUCAUUCAAAGUAAUGAGGAAAGACAAAAUCAUUCCAUAAACAUUUCUCAUCCUACAGCCGUCACAACUACUAGCACAAGUAUUUAUAGUAGAUAUCGAUUACCAUCUACUACAACAAGUGCUGGUACUUCUAUCAGUAGCAGCCAUAAUCACGAUGCUACUAUUGAUUAUAAAAGAAGCUAUACAUUGGAUAGUCUCAGUGCUUUAGCUUAUUUCACUUCAACAAACUCUAUCUCUACAGAGUUGACUCCCUCAGCUGCUAUACGCGAUCGUUAUUAUCAAUCUCUUUGCUAUUUGCAAGAUAAUCAUCAAGCAGAUGAAUUAGAGGAUGAAAAUGAUAUACUAGAAGACGAGGAUGACACGACCUAUGUAGAAGCCACAGGUGAUGUCCUUGAUUAUCGACCAAAUGAUAGUAUUCUAUAUAAAAAGCCUAGUCAUGAUAGUAUUCCAAGUAUAUACAGUGUAAAUGAGUCUAUCAUAUCCCUAAGAACAGAAUACAAUAGUAACGGUCAUGAUGAAGAUCGUCAUUCUAUUACAAGUGUUCGUACUGUAGAUGAUCAGUUACAAGGCCGUUCUAGGAGCCUUUUGGGUACCAACUUGAAUACGCUUGCCUCAAAGACAGCUAAAAAAGUCUCGAGAUCCAGUUCUAUUUUCAGGCACAUGGAUAGAAAUUAUAAAAAAGGCGGUAACAACGAUAAAAAAAUAUUUGACAGUCAGCCUCUAUUUUUACCUGUUCGAAAACAAAAGGAUAAUUUGAGUAUCCGGUCGAUGGAUAGUACAAGCUUAUUGUCGAAAUUAUCAAAGUCAACGGCUCCAAUGAGAGCCAAAUUGUCUGCUAUUUCACAUUUAACAAGACACAGUCGUAUUGAAUCGUCUUCAAAUUCAUCGCCACCAUUAACUCUUCCAGGAAGAAAACAUGUAGCUGAAAGCGUAUUCAAUAUGCCUAUUUCUUCGUCCUCAUCUGCGCUUUCUUCAAAGAAGCGCAUAGUUCCGACUAAUCAUCAUCAUCAUAAUAAUAAUAGUAUCAACAGCCAUUAUCAUAAACUUAAAUCACCAUUAGAAAAGACACCUCCAUCAUUUAAUUUUAAUUUACCUAGAUCAUUAUCGGCUUCUUCAUCAACAGCUUCUAAUUCUUCGAAUAACAAGCCUAUUAUUGGAACUAAUUUCGUAAAUGAGCCCACUUCUUUAUCACAUACUUCUACAACAAAAGAGCAUAUUCCUCUUAUUUAUCCAGCUUUACUUUCAAAAGUAGCUGAGGUUUUUAAAGCUCAUAUUGUUUUAAGUACAAAAUCAAAAGAUAGCAUUAAAUAUAAAGAUGUUUUUGAUGGAAAAGAGGCAGUUGACAAAUUAGCUUUAAUAAUUAAAUCUACUGAUCGUAAUGUGGCUUUAUUAUUAGGUCGAGCAUUGGAUUCUCAAAAAUUUUUUCAUGAUGUUAAUUAUGAGCAUCGAUUACGUGAUUCAAGUCGAGAGUUAUAUCAGUUUAAAGAUCAUCCUAUGAAUUUAAGACCUAAAAGUGGAGUUAUGAACAAUACAAAAGGAAAGACGACAGUCACGACUACGACUCGAUCUUCAACGACAGUUGCUAUUUCUAUUGUAGAGGAAGAUAAUUUCCCAAAUGGCGUUUUCACUUUAUUAACUGAUUGUUAUUCGCCUACAUGCACAAGGGAAAGAUUAUGUUAUUCACCUCGUUGUCCUCGUCGUCAAGAACAAGCUAAACGUACUAAUUUUCAUUCACCUUUCAAAGGGCAUAAUCGUGAAGGAAGCAACUCUUAUACUCCUAAUCAACAAGAGGAUAGGUUAUGGAUCAAUACUGUGCCAAAAUCUAUAUUGGAAAGUUUGAGCAAAGAAGAAACAAAGCGUCAAGAAAAUAUUUUUGAGCUUAUAUAUACCGAGAAAGAUUUUGUAGAUGAUUUAAGUUAUAUUAAAGAGCAAUGGAUUGAAACUUUACUUAAUGAUAACAGUAUACAUAUCAUAGGGAAUCGAACUACUUUUGUGAAUACAAUCUUUUGGAAUAUCCUUGAAGUACUCGAGGUAAACUCUGGACUAUUAGAGGCAUUACUUGAUCGCCAAUCAAAAAUGAAAGUAGUAGAUCAAAUUGGUGACAUUAUGCUAGUACAUGUUGCUAAAUUUGAACCCUUCGUUCAAUAUGGUGCUCAUCAAAUCAUUGGUAAAUAUGCAUUUGAGAUAGAGAAAUCAACAAAUCCAUCAUUUGCUGAAUUCGUGGUCAGGACGGAACGUUUACCUCAGUCACGUAAAUUAGAAUUAAAUGGUUAUCUUACAAAGCCAACAACACGUUUAGGGCGUUAUAAUUUAUUAUUAAGAGAGAUCUUGAAACAUACACCAAAGAAUCAUCCUGAUCAGGAGGCUAUACCUCGUGUAAUGACAAUUAUUGCUAAAUUUUUGGCUGAUGUCAAUAAGGAAACUGGGAAAACCGAGAAUGCAUUUAAUUUACAAUUGUUAAAUGAAAGAUUAGUGAACAAGAGUAUUUCAAACUUUGAUUUGGAUUUGACUGCACCUAAUAGACAAAUAAUCAUGAAGGGUACCUGGAAAAAAGGAUCUGGGUCUGAAUCAUCUGAAGUUUUAAUGUAUCUAUUGGAUCAUUGUUUGCUAAUAAUAAAACCUAAGCAAAACGAAGAAAAAUAUAAAUUGCAUAGAAAGCCUAUUCCAUUAGCAUUAUUAUCGAUUACAUUUCCAGAUCAUAGCAAAAGAGCAAGUACUAUUAUACCUAUAGGUCGGUCUGGUAAUGGUUCAUUUGUCGAUCUCAGCAUUACAACUAAUACCACAAUAUCUAAUACAAAUGCUAUAUCUGCUGACACAUAUAACACGAUAUCCUAUUCCAAUAUUUAUACUAAUAAUUUCGAUACCGUUAUAAAUACUAAUAAUAAUAAUAAUAAUAACAGCUUCAUAAUGAACAAAAAUGGGUAUCCUCUUUCAUUUGUUCAUUUGGGGAAGCAAAGCACAGGAGGACCUAUUACUUUAUAUGCAACUACAGCAGCUGUACGCCAGCAAUGGGUCAAUAAAAUAGAAGAACAGCGUAAGUUGCUUGUUGAGAAGCAUAAAGUAUUCAACAUUAAGCCCAUCAAUGAACGCUUCUUUAGUUCAUUCAACAAAGUGAAUUGUACUGCUGUAUUUGAUAAUGGGAGAUCACUUAUUUUUGGUGGAGAUCAAGGCGUCUACCUUAAAAAAGAAGGUAGUGGUGAUGAACUCAUUCGAAUUCUGGCAAUGGAUAAAGUAUCACAGAUUGACGUCCUUGAACAAUUUAAUUUGAUACUCGUAUUGGCUGAUAAAAUCUUAUACACGUAUUCAUUAGAUACUUUGCUUUCAACUUCAGAGACUGGUGUUAAGCGUGGACGUAAGAUUAGUAGCCAUGUAUCCUUUUUCAAAGUGGGACAAAUCUAUGACAAGACUGCUACUAACAUAAAUGGAUCCAAUCAGUCAGAUGGGGUUGAAAAGACAUUAGUUUGCUUUGUUCGUAAUAAUGCCAUGACAUCCACUAUUCGUGCCCUUGAACCUUGUGAGACGACUAAGGAAGCAAAUAAGAAAAAAAAUAAAAAUAAUCUGGGACGAUUGAUUCGUGGCAAUAACGAAGCACUUAAAGCGCAUAAAGAUUUAUAUAUACCAGGUGAAGCCUCAUCUAUUCAACUUUUUAAGAAUAUUAUCUGUGUUGGAAGUGAAAGAGGAUUUCAAAUGGUAAAUUUAAGCUCUGCUGAAGUGCAAAGUGUUUUAGAUCCAAAUGAUGAAAGCAAUAAUUUAGUUCUCCAACAGCAUGAAAAUAUGAAACCUAUCUCUAUGUUUAGACAUAAAAACGGGAGUAUUUUACUCUGCUAUAAUGAAUUGGCAUUUUAUAUUGAUAAAAAGGGUAAACGAAUGCGUAAGGAUUGGUCAAUUACUUGGGAAGGAAAUCCUACAGCCUUUGCAUUUAGAUUCCCUUAUGUUGUUGCGUUUAAUUCUAACUUUAUUGAAAUACGGCAUAUGGAUACUGGUGAUUUACUUCAAGUAAUAGCUGGAAAUAAUAUUCGAUGUCUUCGUCCAGAUUCAACAGACAGAAUUUAUGGUGUUAUGGAUGAUCGUAUUGCAGGCUCUGAAGUGAUUUUUCAAUUAAAGCUGGUUGAUCCUCAUAGAAGAAAGAUUAGUAUGAUCAAAAACAAUAGAAACAAAGCCUAAAAGAAAAAGUUUCAGUAUUGUGUGAAUUAUUUGUAUGUAUUAGUGUAUGAUAUCCUUCUUCAUCUAUUUCCUUGUUUUUUUUUUACUAUACAUUUAUAUUUUUUUAAAAAAAAAAUAACUUAUUGCCUUGUCCAAAUAAAUAAAGAAGGAAAGAAGCUUAAUAUCCUUUUUGGACUAUAAA